CAAAAGCGAAAUAACAAUGAGAGUUAUUUACAUAUACAAUUUAAAUAUUUAUAAUAAGACACGGAAGUUUAAUGUAACCACACAACCAAAACAGGGUUAGUUUAACAAUUUUAUUAUUAGACCAACGUUUCGGAUUUUACAGAGCCUUCUUUAAAUAUUUGAUUAAAAAAAACAGUAAUUUUUCCAUGGAAAAUGAUGGAUUUAAUUUAAGGACAGCUAUCUUUCCAUUAGAUGUGACGAUGCCGUCUAUCGUAAAUUUACAAGAUAUCCUGUUGACAGACUGGAAUAAAGAAUGGUUACCUCAAGUCAUGGAAGUGCUUGUUUACUUCACCGCGGUGUAUUUGAUUGGAUUAACACUUUAUCACGUGACCAGAAUAUCAUUUCCGUCCGUAAUGUCUGAAUAUGUUUUUGACUUUGUGAAAACAAUGACAAUAUGUGCGUACUCAAUUGGGAUGAUACUUGUUCGGAUAAACUUUGGGGAUGUAUGGUUUAUAUUAGUUCUCGUCCCGCUUAUUUUGUUGACCGUGAUUACCAUUCCAGGGGAAGCAACUCCGGUCACAAUAUGGGUGCAAUACUUUCAUAACCGCCUAAGUGUUCCCACGGUGCUUAUUAAGACCACUGUGCUUAUGAUAUCAGGAGUAGCUGCUUUUUGGGUAGGGAUUGUUGUUUUGAAAUUGAACCUACAUGAUAUCCUAUUUGGUUUCAAGUAUUCGACAGUAUUACCAACGAUGUGUUCCUCGGCGCUAAAUGUCCCUCUAUAUCAGGGCUUUGUGCUGGAGAUGCUGGCGGUCAUGUAUGACUCUUGGUUCAUUGUGCAGAAACUUUCACCAAACCUACUACUAGAUGCUGCAUUCAAAAUAUCUAAUACUGGGCUGUUGGUCAUUGCAGGUUCUCAUCUAACAGGAAUGUUUAUGCAUCCACCAAAAGCGUCUGGUCUUACAUUUGGGUGUGGCCAAACGUCUUAUUUUAACCAUAUUCUCGUGUAUUGGAUAGGACCUUUGGUAGGGGCAUGGCUGAGCGCAAAACUGCAAAAAAGACUCCGCCUAUCUUGGACAAGUGAUGAUGUUGCGACACAAGAGAGUAGACAGUCGUCCGUGAAGAAGGCGAAACAGGCACAGAAAAAGAGACAUUAUGAUUAGGAUUUUCAUUUUAUAAAAAAAAUAAUUGAGCCGCGCCAUGAGAACAUCAACAUUGUGGGUCUGCGACCAGCAUGUCUCCUGACCAGACUGCGCGGAACCUGCGCAUCCGCGCAGUCUGGUCAGGAUCCAUGAUGUUCGCUAACGGUUUCUCUAAUUGCAUAAGGGUUUAAAAGUGAACAGCAUGGAUCCUGACCAGACUGCGCGAAUGCGCAGGCUGGUCUGGAUCCAUGCUGGUCGCAAAGCCACUAUGUUGGUUUUCUCAUGGCAUGGCUCAUAUGUUAUUCAAAAUAUUGAAAUUUACAAAACAUAUUCGUAACAUACCGUUUAUAUUUUACAGUUUUAGCGGCAGGGGUGUAGGGACGAUUUGAGCAUUAGGGCGGCGGAGGGGGUGGGUUUGGAAGAGGGUAUCCCCCUCCAAUCAACAGUGUUUGGGGUGGCCCUGGGAAAAUUUUGCAUAUAGCUAGAGUAAAUGGUGCAAUCUGGCGACUUCUUGGACUGCUCAGUAGCUGUUGUACUUUUCGUCCCUAUUUACAGUUUACUGUGUUUAAACACUGCAAUGGCAGUGCGAUGUUAGAUACGGACAAUGAGUUGCCAGUGUAGAACCAGUAAUAUCUAAGUAGGGGAUCGAGCACAAGACUCUGACUUAAAGGGGUAAUCAAAUCCUUAUGGCAUUUUAGUCAUUAAAUGGCAUUAUAACUGUUUUCUUUCUGAAAUAAACACUAAUUAUAUA